CAAUCACGUGUAUGUACCUAUCUACACAGUCGAGUAGUGUGAGUGGAGGAUUCUUGUUUCCUGUAUUCCGCUUUAGCUUCUAGAAGUAGUUAACCAAUGUCUUAUCUUUGUAUAAGUAGAAAUAAAGUAACAUGGCCGGCACUUAUAGGAAUUAUAUGAAGUUGUUAGAAUCUUGGCCUCUAGAUGAAUCGAAAGCUGGCAGAGACAUAGGUCAGCAUAUUCGUGAUCAGAUAAAAAUUGCUUUCGCAAAAGGUGAAGCAGCCGCUCCAUUAGAUCGUGAGGUAUGUGACCGCUAUUACGUCAGUUUACAAAGAAUCGCUUCUAAUUAUUAUGGACAAAAGUAUGCUCGUACUCGCAAUAAUAGCGCUAGUGGAUUGACAAGAGAACAAUGUAAUUUGGCACUCACACCUGAAAUGUUAGAAUACUUUCAAGCAGAUGAAAGAGGAUUCUUUAAACGUUUAACUUCAGAAAUUUCGUAUUUAUUUAAAUAUUCAAAAGAUAAACUUUAUAAUGUUUCGAAAAAUAAAGUAUAAAAUUUGUGCUAUUCCUAUAAACAGACAUUAUGAUAUUAAACGUUACAAUAGAAUUAGUCACUGUUUAUUACAAGGACAAUGUGAUGUAAAAUGUUUAAUGAAUACAAAAAGAUAUAGUCAAUUAGUAGAUAAGAAUGAAGAGAAGAUCCCACAUAUACCAGUUAUGGUUCCUCAAGUAUUAACUUAUUUGGAACCUGCACCAAAAAAAACUAUUGUAGAUAUGACAUUUGGUGCUGGCGGACAUUCUAUGGAAAUUUUAAGAACUUUUCCUGAUGUGAAAAUAUAUGCACUGGAUAGAGAUCCUAUCGCACAUGAAUUUGCGCAUAAAUUAUUGGAAAAGUAUCCUGGGCAAGUGAUACCUUUAUUAGGCAGAUUUUCUGAAUUACCACAAUUACUUUGUGAACAUAAAGUGAAGAAAAACAGUAUAGAUGGGUUUUUGUUCGAUUUUGGCUGUUCAUCAAUGCAGUUUGAUAUUCCUGAAAGAGGAUUUUCUAUAUCACGGAAUGGACCCUUAGACAUGAGGAUGGAUGGAUUUAGGUGUUCUGAAGAACCUACAGCUGCUGAUGUUUUAGAGAGAAUCACUGAAAUAGAUUUAAUCAAAGUCUUAAGAGUUUAUGGUGAAGAAAAGCAAGCAAAAAAAAUUGCACGUGCUAUCAUAGAUGCUCGAUAUACCUUCAGAAGUUUAAAAACUACGCAAGAACUAGCUCAAUUAAUUGAAUCUGUUAUUCAUGAUACAAGAUAUGACCAAAUUGGUAGAUUUACUCACUGUGCUACAAAAACAUUUCAGGCACUUAGAAUUUUUGUGAAUAAUGAAUUGAAUGAAAUUAAUUAUGGUAUUAUUCUGGCUGCAUCAUACUUAAAACAAGAAGGUCGUUUGGUAACAAUAUCUUUUCAUUCUUUAGAAGACAAAAUAAUUAAAAGGCACAUUUCUGGGAAUAUAAUAGAUAAUAUUGCUAACAAAGUAGCAUUAAAAUAUACUGAUUGCAGUAAAUGGUAUGAAGAUAAUGAAUACGCAAAUAUUAUACAAACACCAUGGAAAAUGUUACAUAAACAUGUAAUAACACCUACAUCUGAAGAAGUAAAACAAAAUCCGAGAUCCCGUUCUGCGAAAUUAAGGGGUGUCAGUAAAGUGAUAUAAUUUGUUAUUUUAUAAAUGAAAAAUAUAAAUAUGUGGCUUUAUUAUUCUUUGUUCUAAUACAAAAUAAUAUUUUUAAUCUUUAGAGGUAUGUGUCUUGUAAUGAAUUUGAAUGUACAGAAUUAAUUGUAAAAUAUGAAAAAAUAAAAUAUUGUAACACAUUAGGAAUA